AUGCCACCCGAUGUGGAAAAUGUUAAAGUGGCCGUAAGAGUAAGACCUUUCAAUAGUCGAGAGAAACAGCGAAGAGCAAAAACAAUUAUUGCUAUUGAAGGAAACACAACAUUUUUAAGUAAUCCCGAUACACCUAAUGAAAAACCUAAAAACUUCACAUACGAUUUUAGCUAUUGGUCACACGAUGGAUUUAAGGAAUUAAAGAAUGGCUAUCUAACACCCGAUCUGGAUCAUCCGAAUGGACAUAAAUUUAGUGAUCAAGAUAAAGUAUAUAGUGAUUUAGGAAGAGGAGUAUUAAAAAAUGCAUGGGAUGGAUACAAUACUGCUCUAUUUGCUUAUGGCCAAACUGGUUCUGGAAAAUCUUGGUCUGUUAUUGGUUAUGGAACAAACACCGGUAUUGUUCCGAGAUUUUGUGAAGAGAUGUUUCAAGGAAUCGAAUCAAAAAAGAAUUCUGAAGAAAAAAUUGAAUUUGAAGUGAGAUUCAGCAUGUUAGAAAUAUAUAAUGAAAUUGUAAGAGAUUUGCUGAAUCCAUCUGCGAGUAGGCAGAAAGGGUUGAAAGUAAGAGAACAUCCCAAAAAAGGGUUUUACGCGGAAGGAUUGACGUCAUCAUUGGUCGCAAAUUACGAAAGCAUUCAAUCAAAAAUCGAUACUGGAACUACGAAUCGUUCCAUUGCAUCCACCAAUAUGAAUGUUACUAGCAGUCGAGCUCAUACGAUAGUCGGUAUAACUUUAAUACAAAAAUCAAGAAAGGCUGGAGGACAAGAAACAUCGAAAAUAUCAUGUGUUAAUUUGGUAGAUUUAGCCGGAAGUGAGAGAGUUUCUAGCACGGGUGCUAAAGGAGAUCGUUUAAAAGAAGGAGCAGCCAUUAACCAAUCUUUAUCAUGUUUAGGAAAUUGUAUUCAUGCCUUAGCUGAAAAAGCAAAAGGCACAAAGUCUGUUAGAGUGCCAUAUAGGGAAUCGAUGUUAACACGACUUUUAAUGAAUGCACUUGGAGGAAACAGUAAAACAAUUAUGAUAGCUGCUAUUAGUCCAGCAGAUAUAAAUUAUGAUGAGACUCUUUCAACACUUAGAUAUGCUGAUCGAGCAAAGGAAAUUAAAACUUGUGCUACGGUUAAUGAGGAUCCUACUGAAAAACUUAUCAGAGAACUUCGCAUUGAAAAUGAAAAAUUAAAAAAGAUGCUUGAACAGGGACAACCAAGUAUUCCCAUUGGUCUUACUGCAGGAAUGUCGGAUGCAGAAAUAAGAAAACAACGCCAGAAAUGGGAAGAAGAAAUGAAGGCAGCCAUGAAAGAGAACGAAAGAGAAUUACUGCAGAUUAGACAAUCGUAUGAAGAGAAACUGAAACAAGCCCAAUUAGAACAAAAAGCUGAUGCCAAAAUUUCUGAAGCAGAUAAACUAAAACAAAAAGAAUUUCCACAUUUCUCCAAUUUGAAUUUUGAUUUGUUACUUUCCGGAAAACUCGUUCACAUAUUAAAAAGAGGAGAAAAUCUCAUAGGAAAAGCAGACAAUGCUUCGAUUAUCUUAUUUGGACCAUGUAUUUUAGAAAAACAUGCUUUAGUUACAUAUCAUUCUCAUGGAGGAGUUACAAUGGAAAAAUGUAAUAGCGAUGCCCGUAUAUUAUUGAACGGGGAACCCGUCUCUGCACGAGUUCUUCUUUCACAUAACGACAGGGUGAUGUUUGGGACUACACAGCUGUAUGUUUUUAAGAAUCCUCAACAAAUGCGCGAACAGAAACAGACUUAUCCAGAAAUUACUUACGAGAUGGCCAGAGAAGAAAUUGCUGCUAAGGCAGGUCUCACUAUGGAUACAGAAGAUCAUUCUAGGGAGGCUGCGUUAUUAAAUAAAGAUAUUUUGGAAGUUCUUCCUGGAGUCGAAGAAGCUAAUGCCAUUAGUGAAGAAUUAGAUAAGCACGUUAAAUUUGAAAUUCUCUUAGUUGCCCCUCAGAUGUUGGGUAAAUUAUCCGGACAUACGGAGGUUUAUGUGAAGAUGAGAAAAUUGGUUACGGGACAGGAAUAUGACUGGCCAAAGGAGAAAUUUAUAAAUAGGUUAUUUUUAAUGAAAGAAAUGUUCCAAAACUACGAAGCAGGAGAAGAGUGGGAUUUGCCCGAUGAGCAAGAUCCAUUUACAGAAGAUAGUGACGUUGAAGCCAUGAUUGGAUGCGUUCAAGUGUUUCUUCAGCCAUUAGCUUACAGGGUAGAAAUAAAAGAGCAACUGGAAAUAAUUGAAUAUAGAGGAGCAGAAGUUGGAAUCAUGAAUAUCGAAAUUGUGCCUUGUUCGUCUACAGGAAAAGAAUAUACAGAAAGUGAUGAUAUGUUUAUUGACGAUCCAAAGGAUUUGAUAGGAAAAGAAUUCUAUUUUGUAGUGAAAAUCUUAAGUUGCAGUGGAUUGCCUGCUAGAUUUUUUGAUAUCAACUGUAGAUAUAGAUUAUAUUUAGAUGAAGACGAUACAGUAACUGCAACAAUUUCUGGUACUACUAAUCCAGAAUUUAAUCACAGAAAAAUGUAUUCAUUUAAAUCUGUUUCUAGACAAUUUUCGGAAUAUUUAGUAGAAGGUUUCAUCAUGGUACAAGUAUGGGGAACACAAGCUGUAAGAAAGUCUGCAGUUGCUAGAGCUAAAGGAAAAAAUACAAAAGAGAUGUUUCAGGCAGACAUAAUGCAACAAACAAAUACGUUGAUGAAUGGAUUUAGGAUAAAUGGAAGAAAUGUAGAUCCAAAUAAACACAGCAUGUUGGUUGAACUCUUAUUAAUGAAGAAACAACAAGCAAGGCAUCAAUUUAGGAUGGAAUAUAUGAAGAAAUUGAUUGAUGUUGCUGAAAAAUAUAAAAAGCGUAAAGUUCCUAUAAAUUUAUUGAAAGAAUUGAUAGCUACAAACUCUGCAGAAGUUGCAGACCAAAUCAUAUCUAAAGUCCCUGAAGGUAAUUGGCAAUUAAAUCAGAAAAAUGUGUCCAAAGCUCCGCCAGAGAAAAGGAAACGAAAUAUUACUAAAAAGUUAUUUGAAGAAGAAAAUUUUCCUGAUAACUCUCAUGAUGAUGAAGAAGACUGUCCACGCAUAUAUUGCGAUAAUCUUUUUUCCCGAUCUAAGCCUGGAGGAGACUGGUUACGGUGCUUAAAUUGUUUCUGUUGGGCUCAUGCUUCUUGCGUUUCUAAAAGAACCAAGCGUUUCAUUUGUGAACUUUGUCAGUAA